CUGAAAUCACACUUCACACUCCAGACCAGUAGGUGGGGGUAAUGCACCUUCAGUUGGUCCUGCAUCCUCCAUAAACCUGGUAGAAGAAGAAGAAGUAGGGUCUCAGAUUAGGACGCUGCGCUGUAGAAACUGGUCGCUAAAUUCAGCUAAGAAUCAGCUGCAUUAACUAGUAGCUCCAUAUCUACUAGCUUUACUGAAGCCUCCAUUUACCUCCAGUAUAUGUUUAACUUCUCUUAUUAUGAUAGGUAGAUUAGAAGAUCCAGCUCUGAUCAGCAGCAGCUCCACACCUCUGUACUCAGACUGAUCUGCUGGAGGAACACCAUCAGCUCACCUGCUGCAGAAAUAAAUACCAUCCUGUUCUAAGUCUUCUUUAACUUGACAAAUACAGAUUCAGAAGAUUUCACAAAAAUAUUAAGCUGCUGGACGAAGGGGAGAACAUGGAAUCCAGAGAAAACUCCAAUACUCAGCCAACAUCCUCUCCUACACCUAGCAGACAAAUCCAGAAAAGUACAGACAAGAAAACUCACCACUGUUCAGACUGUGGGAAAAGUUUUCCCCAACAGAGUAAUCUUAAAACACACCAGCGCAUUCACACUGGAGAAAAACCAUAUCACUGCUCAAAGUGUGGGAAGAGUUUUAAUACACAGGGUAAUCUCCAACAACACCAGCGGGUUCACACAGGGCUGAAACCGUAUCACUGCUUAGACUGUGGGAAGAGUUUUAAUCAGCAGGUUCAUCUCAAAAAUCACCAACGUAUUCACACUGGAGAGAAACCAUAUCUCUGCUCAAAUUGUGGGAAGAGUUUUGCUUUACAGAAUAUUCUCGAAGCACACCAGCGCAUUCACACUGGAGUAAAACCAUAUCGCUGCUCAGAGUGUGGACAGAGUUUUACUCAACGGAGUUCUCUCAAAAGACACCAGCACAUUCACACAGGAGUGAAACCAUAUCAGUGUUCAGACUGUGGAAAGAGUUUUACUCUGCAGAUUACAUUCAAAAGACACCUGCACAUUCACACAGGAGUGAAAUCGUACUGCUGUUCAGACUGUGGAAAGAGUUUCAUUAGACAGAGUGAUCUCAAAACACAUCAGCGCAUUCACACAGGAGAGAAACCCUAUUACUGUUCAGAAUGUGGAAAGUGGUUUAGACAUCAAUGUGCUCUCAAAACACACCAACGCAUUCACACUGGAGAGAAACCGUAUCAUUGUUCAGUCUGUGGAAAGAGUUUUAAUCAGCAGCAUGUUCUCGAAGCACACCAGCAUAUUCACACUGGAGUGAAACCAUAUCCGUGUUCAGAUUGUGGGAAGAGUUUUGGACAUCAAUCUGCUCUUAAAACACACCAACGCAUUCACACUGGAGAAAAACCGUAUUACUGUUCAGACUGUGGAAAGAGUUUUAAUCAACAGGGUCAUCUCGAAACACACCAGCGCAUUCACACUGGAGUGAAACCAUAUCCGUGUUCAGAUUGUGGGAAGAGUUUUAGACAUCAGUGUGCUCUCAAAACACACCAGCGCAUUCACACUGGAGUGUAACCGUAUCGCUGCUCGGAGAGAAAAGCUUCAGGCAUUCAUAUACAUUGAUAAGACACAAGUGCAUUAAGAGUAUUUAGGUGUGUCCCGUUUUUUUUUUAAGGCUGGAGGGGUAGGGGGACAGGAUAGGGCUUGCUAGCCCUUCUUAGUGCAGGGCGAUUUUCACGAUUAAUUGUAAUUAUAGUCUAAAUGUGAGUUUCAAAAUGGAGUAAUCGCAAUUUUACAUACAGAUAUGUCGAACGUGCUGGAAUAGUGCUGGAUUGUUUUUCAGUAUGAGCUCAAACACCCGGUGGGAUAAAGCAUAUAUUUAGCUAGAAAUAAACACGCUUUAAUAGUGUUAGUUGAGGAAAACAAAAAUAAUGGCUCCUUAAAAGUGUCUUUUGUUAGUUUUUUAGUGUGUUUUUUUUUAUAUUUAAUUUUCAGUCACAAACCUGCAUUCUGAAGUGUAACUGCAGUGUCUGUCAGUGUGUGAGUUUCUCCUGGGCUGUGUGUGUACAUGAGGUUAGUGCAUCAAAGGGAGGCAUGGGCUUCUAAACGGUGUUUUGAAUCAUUGAUUCACUCAAUAAUUCACCAUAAUAAUAAUAAUUAUUAUCUUUUUUAAACCUAGUUUUAAACCAUUUCUUGGUCGUCUGAUUUUUUUCAUAGGGGGGGGGCAACUAAUUUAUUAUUAUUGAAAAUCUGUUUUUUUUUUUUUUGGUGUGAAUUUUUUAGGCCAUAACCACCCAGCACUAGCCCUUCAAACAGAGAUUUUUCAGAUGCACACUUCAAACCGAGGGGUAUGAGAACCACUGGUAAGAUGGCAACACAAAGUAACGCUUGCCACUAUUUUACCAGAAUUUAGUUUGUGUAGUUUUAAUGUUUUAUGGUCGAAUUCUUCAUAACAAGCAUAAAAAAAGAUUGCUAGUAGUUUCUCUCAGUAGCUAGCUAGCUAUCUUUCCCGUUCCACUUUAAAUGGUGCAGAAGUCGGCAGAAGAUGCACCAUUUAAGAUGGAAUGGAAAAAUGAUAAUAAUAAAAAAAAGCUAUUUAAAGCUAAACUCAGCUCUCCAUUACAGAGGAAAUAUGGAAUGGACAAUAAUUAAUUUCUGCACCACCUCCUCCCUUCCUGAAGACAUACGAUUGAACCCUAAUGCCGGCCUUACACCUAACGAUUUUCAAGCGAUUUCUCUGUCGCAGACAAAUUUCCAGAGUCGGGAUAAAAUCACGAGAGUCUUGCUAGAGCCAAAUCACGGCCGUCUCAUCUCAAUCAUUUAGUAUGAAGUGAUUAUGAUUUUUUAAAAAUAUAUUUUGCACUACUUCGUCUUAUUGUGCUGUAGUGUUAUGUUUAAUAAAUGUUUAAUAAAUACACAUUUGGCAAGAAUGAUUUUCUUUAUUACAUUAACUUGAUCUAAAACAAAGGCAAAUGUACAGCAGUAAAGCUGUGAUUCUUUGCUAUACAAGAUCGUAGCAAAAAAAGGGGGGGGGGGGAGAAGCUUAUAAUAAGAGCUGAACACAAAAUAUUAUAAAAUAUCAAGAACUAACAAAUGUGAGUCUCUGAUAAAUCACUGUAUUGACUGUAAUUUAAUUAUUUGUAAAUUAAUAUAUAAUAUGUAUUGAAUGUCAAUUCCACCAGAAGCAUGAUGGGAAAUAAUCUCAGAAAGAAUGUAGUUGUAGUCAGUUUGCCCUCUAAUACAGUGAGGAAAUCAAUGCUCUGAAAUUUGAAGUCUGUUUCUGCCGUAUUUUGUCGCCAUAGUAACUCACGCCAUUUACGACAGCAAAUAUUAAUAAUUUUACAUAUUAAAGGCGAGAAAAUGUCUGGAAUUUUAGGAAUCGAGACAUUAAAUUAUAUCUGAGGAAAAGUGAGGAAUGUGGAAAAAGUAAGUAAGUUGCAUGUUUAAAUAACCAUAAAAUAAACACAAGAUUGACUGCAAAA